GGUGCAGGAAUUCCUUCUAAGGAUUCGACGUUCUGUUUUGAAAGAAGCUGUCGUAGAAUUUGAUAUUGUUGUUGAACUCUCAGGCCUCAGAAAUGACAGUAAUCUCACUUCCUCGAAUAUGAAAGAUAUCAGUUCUGAAGCAACAUCAGCUUUGGAAAAUGCUGCACUUAAACUGGAGAAGUCGGUAGACGCAGGCAAUCUCAGUGUUGUUGUCGAAGGGGAAACCCUCUUACCAAAACUAGGAUCCUUUGUUACCUCUGAAGUCCAGAAAACAUGCUCUGAGGGGCAAGCUAUUAAAAACAACUUGUGUAUGACUUGCCCGACUGGUUACUACCUCAACAUCAGUAAAAACGAAUGCCAAGAAUGCCCCAAGGGGUAUUACCAAGACAGUGAAGCACAGGUCGAAUGUAAGAGCUGUCCACUGGGGAUGUCAACAGUGGACAAACGAUCACAAAACUCUUCAGAUUGCAAAGCUUUUUGCAAGAAAGGAUUUGUCUCACCUACUGGUUUGGAGGGAUGUUAUCCUUGCGAAAAGGGAAAGUAUCAGAAUCUAACUGGCCAGACAGAGUGUCUUGCUUGUGGAGGGAACACGACGACCUCAGGAGAUGGUGCCACAAGCAGGAGCGAUUGCGCAGAACCUUGUCAGCCUGGAACCUUUUCAAAAACUGGUCUGAAGCCCUGUGUACCAUGCAACAGACGAUCAUACCAACCCAAAUUUGAGCAAAAGAGUUGCAUUAAUUGUUCUGGAACAAAGGCUACUCUUCAAAGUGGCUCAACUAGUUCUUCAAGCUGCAUAGAAAUAAAUGAGUGCGAUUCCAAUCCAUGCAUAAACAAUGGUAGCUGUACGGAUCUUAUAGCAGAUUUCCGCUGUACUUGCAUCCCUGGCUUCACUGGUGAACAAUGCGAAGUAGACAUUGAUGAAUGUGCCAGCUUUCCAUGCCUUAAUAAAGCCACAUGCAAAGAUCAAAUAAAUGAUUUCGCUUGUGAUUGCAUCCCUGGCUUUACUGGUAAGACCUGUGAUCAAGAUGUCGGCAAGUGUGAGUCUAAUCCGUGCUUAAACAAUUCUACUUGUGAAGAUCUUGCCAAUACGUUUAAGUGCCACUGUGAACCAGGCUACGUUGGAGAAAAGUGUGAUCUAGAAGAGGAUGAAUGCAAAUCUAAUCCGUGUCUUAAUGGCGGCACUUGCAUUGACAAAUUCAAUUCUUAUCAGUGCAAGUGUGUCACAGGAUUUAGAGGUCGAAACUGUGAAGAAAACAUCAACGACUGUUUACCAGAAAACCCUUGCUUAAAUGGAGCUACUUGUAUUGACGGUGUUAACAGCUACAAAUGUCAGUGUGAGGCAGGAUUUAUUGGUGAUCACUGCCAAACUGAUAUUGAUGAGUGCUUCUCUAGUCCAUGCCAAAACAACGGAAGCUGCUCAGAUCAGACCAAUGGCUAUUCAUGUUUGUGUCCAAGAGGGUUUUACGGAAACGACUGUCAAUUUGAAAUCAACGAGUGCGCCACAGAACCAUGCCAAAAUAACGCCACCUGCAUUGAUGGAGUUGGCCAAUAUAUUUGUCGAUGCCUCAAAGGAUUUGAUGGAAUUUCGUGCGAGCAAAACAUUGAUGAAUGUAGCUCUGGGCCAUGCUCCAACAAUGCUUCAUGCAUAGAUGGUUAUGGAGAUUUUACUUGUGACUGCUCUCCCGGUUUUUCUGGAAAAACUUGCAACAUUGACAUUGAUGAAUGUCAGUCGUAUCCGUGCUUGAACAACGGUUCCUGUUUAGACGGGAUUAACGAGUUUGAGUGUCAUUGCGUUGAGGGAUUUAGUGGUACCCACUGUGAAAUUAACAUUGACGAGUGCGAGGGACGCCCAUGCCAGAAUGGUGGAACUUGCUUUGAUGGUAUCAACGAAUUCCAGUGCAACUGCAGUCCCGGUUUUACGGGACUAGAAUGUGAAACGAACAUCGAUGAGUGUGCUGAAAGACCAUGCAUAAACAUGGCAACCUGCUUUGACAGAAUAAAUGACUUCGAAUGCAGCUGUCUUCCAGGUUAUACCGGAAAAACCUGUAGCGUUAACAUUGAUGAAUGUGUUAGCCAGCCAUGCCAUAGUAAUGGGACAUGUACUGAUCUUGUUGACGGUUUUAGCUGUGAGUGUUCUGCCGGGUUUACUGGAAGCCAAUGCGAAGUGAACAUUGAUGAUUGUGCAGAACACAAUUGCUCUGUGUUUGCAACUUGCAUUGAUGGCAUAGAUUUCUACCAUUGCAAUUGCAUCCCAGGAUAUACAGGGCAAUUAUGCGAAAAAGAAAUAAAUGAAUGCGACUCCUUCCCUUGCGCAGACGGUUCUACUUGUAUUGAUGAGGUUAACGACUACACCUGUGUCUGCGCUGGAGGGUUUUCUGGGAGGAAUUGUGAAACGAACAUCGAUGACUGUGAGGCAAAACCGUGUCAAAACGGAGGACAGUGUGUCGAUCUUGUGUCAAACUUCACCUGUUCCUGUCCAAUGGGAUUUUAUGGAAGCCUCUGUCAACAUAUGAUUGAUUACUGUCUUGAGGCAAAUUGCACUAAAAACACAAGCAAUUGCGUGAACCGGCCUGAUGGGUUCUAUUGUAACUGUUCUGCUGGAUUUGAAGGAAGCAUUUGUGAGAUUGAUAUUGACGAAUGUGCGUCAAACCCGUGUGCAAAUGGUGCCACAUGCAGCGAUAAACUAAAUGGAUUUUCCUGUCGCUGUACAUCAGGGUUUACAGGCGAGCAGUGUGACGUAAACAUUGAUGAUUGCGUAGAAAACAGAUGUGCCAAUAAUGCAAGCUGUGUUGACCAUGUCUCCUGGUAUUCGUGUUCAUGCUUAAAUGGAUUUGACGGAACAUUUUGCGAAAAUGAUAUCAACGAGUGUAGUUCAUCCCCUUGUUUAAACAAUGGCACUUGUGUUGACCUCGUUGCUGACUUUCAAUGUCUUUGCCCUGGCAAACUUUUUGGAAAGUUUUGCGAGAUUAGCAAUAAUCCUUGUGAAGCAUUUCCUUGCUUAAAUGGCGGCAACUGCAAACCCAUUAACGCCACUGCGUUCAACUGCACAUGCGUCGUGGGCUUCACUGGAGAGAUAUGCGAAGAAAACGUGAAUGACUGCUUGUCCACCCCUUGUCCAUUGAACUCCCACUGCGUCGACUUGGUUAACGAUUACAAGUGUGUGUGCCAUUCAUCGCAUACUGGGCCCGAUUGUAGUAUAGCUCUUGGCGACAACUUUGAUAUACUGUUCAAUCGCAAGACGUCAACAGAUGUUGUAAUUGUUGCUGACGAAGGAAACAAAUCGAAUUUAGCCAACAUAACCAUAGCUUUCUGGCUGAAUGCCGAUGAGAAUUACCACAAUGGUACACCUUUCAGUUAUUACGUGCCAGGNGCGUCAAACCCGUGUGCAAAUGGUGCCACAUGCAGCGAUAAACUAAACGGAUUUUCCUGUCGCUGUACAUCAGGGUUUACAGGCGAGCAGUGUGACGUAAACAUUGAUGAUUGCGUAGAAAACAGAUGUGCCAAUAAUGCAAGCUGUGUUGACCAUGUCUCCUGGUAUUCGUGUUCAUGCUUAAAUGGAUUUGACGGAACAUUUUGCGAAAAUGAUAUCAACGAGUGUAGUUCAUCCCCUUGUUUAAACAAUGGCACUUGUGUUGACCUCGUUGCUGACUUUCAAUGUCUUUGCCCUGGCAAACUUUUUGGAAAGUUUUGCGAGAUUAGCAAUAAUCCUUGUGAAGCAUUUCCUUGCUUAAAUGGCGGCAACUGCAAACCCAUUAACGCCACUGCGUUCAACUGCACAUGCGUCGUGGGCUUCACUGGAGAGAUAUGCGAAGAAAACGUGAAUGACUGCUUGUCCACCCCUUGUCCAUUGAACUCCCACUGCGUCGACUUGGUUAACGAUUACAAGUGUGUGUGCCAUUCAUCGCAUACUGGGCCCGAUUGUAGUAUAGCUCUUGGCGACAACUUUGAUAUACUGUUCAAUCGCAAGACGUCAACAGAUGUUGUAAUUGUUGCUGACGAAGGAAACAAAUCGAAUUUAGCCAACAUAACCAUAGCUUUCUGGCUGAAUGCCGAUGAGAAUUACCACAAUGGUACACCUUUCAGUUAUUACGUGCCAGGCUCUCCAGAAGAAAGAAUCGAGAUCUUUUUUACAGACUCAAAACUUCAAGUCAAGGUCAAAACUGAUUCACUUGAUGUACCUUGCCGUAUAGUCGAUGGCAAUUGGCAUUUUAUUGGAGUAAUUUGGAGUGGAGAUCUGGGUAUAUUUUCCCUAUACCUGGAUGGUCAAGAACUUGAUAGAGUCGAUGUACCUACUGGUACGUCUCUCGUAAGGGGAGGCUACAUGGUGCUAGGACAGAAAUACUCUUCUAAAACUGGCAGGUACGUUCUAGAGGACUCCUACGCCGGGUUAAUGCAUCAGUUUCACAUAUGGCUCACCCCUGGAAGCACCAGUCACAUGUGGAAUGCUGCUCAUAGGUGUGCGUGGCCUAUUGGUGGAGAUGUGAAGGCUUGGAUUGAAUUCAUAUUUGGUUUAAAGGGAAAUACCCAGAAGAGAUUUCCCACGAGCUGCAAAGCCCUGGAAUUGUGUGAAAAGAACUGUUCCCAUAUAAUUGAAUGUAAAAACCGUACCGGUGACGAAAUGGUUUGCAAAUGUGAAGCGGGAUAUACAGGUACACAUUGUGACACCAACAUAAACGACUGUACACCAGGCUCCUGUGUCCGUGGGAAAUGCAUAGAUGGCAUUAACUCGUACAGGUGCGAAUGUCCCAAAGGAUUUUGGGGAAGCCGUUGUGAACAGGCUAUCAACGAUGAAAAGGAGUGCGAGCCGUUGGAUGAACCAGUGAAUGGAUAUAAACGGUGUAUGAGUUACUCGGGAAAGCAAGGAUGUACACUGGGCUGUAAAAAUGGAAUGGCAUUUUCCAGUAGCGCUGUUAUCGAAUACGAGUGUGGACCUGAUACAAGUUGGAAAUGGAACGGAGAAGUCAUCAAGACUCUUCCUAAAUGCCUUCGUAAGUAUCUAAAUCUAUAUUUUAUAUGCUCUGUUGUAGUCUGGAAAUCUGAUGAUGACCUAAAACUUUCCUGCUUUUACGUUAAGGCCAGACUAGACCAAGAAACGACAUGUCUGGUCAACCCAUCUAAAUGCCAAAUAAAACCCAGAAGAUUCAGCACUUGCCAGAGGUUGCAUUCCCAUUUACACGCAAAAUGUUUCUUUACAGCCCUGGAAUUGUGUGAAAAGAACUGUUCCCAUAUAAUUGAAUGUAAAAACCGUACCGGUGACGAAAUGGUUUGCAAAUGUGAAGCGGGAUAUACAGGUACACAUUGUGACACCAACAUAAACGACUGUACACCAGGCUCCUGUGUCCGUGGGAAAUGCAUAGAUGGCAUUAACUCGUACAGGUGCGAAUGUCCCAAAGGAUUUUGGGGAAGCCGUUGUGAACAGGCUAUCAACGAUGAAAAGGAGUGCGAGCCGUUGGAUGAACCAGUGAAUGGAUAUAAACGGUGUAUGAGUUACUCGGGAAAGCAAGGAUGUACACUGGGCUGUAAAAAUGGAAUGGCAUUUUCCAGUAGCGCUGUUAUCGAAUACGAGUGUGGACCUGAUACAAGUUGGAAAUGGAACGGAGAAGUCAUCAAGACUCUUCCUAAAUGCCUUCCAUCAUCCUCCCCACAGGAAAUGCGCCAACGUAUAUCUUUACAGUUUCCAUUGACGCAGACCUGCCGAACGAAGCAGCAGUUCAUGGAGAUAGAGACGUCCUUCCGUGAAGCAUUCCUGCAAGCAAUGAGACCAUUACCGGAAUACGAGUGCUUUGAGUCUGGAUUGUGCAGCAUCGGAGACGUAAAGGUAUCUGGUUGUGGAAGUUUUACUGGACGAAGGAAAAAACGAGCAGUUGGCUCCGAUUCCAUUACAACAAUAGAGUGUACAGUUAUCUUCAGGGCGUCUAAGAGAAAUGCAUCGGCACCAAAUGCAGCUGAAAAGGCAGGCUCGGUUGCCUUUCAACUACGGUACGUAGUUUCCAUGGGGCAGUUCGCCAUGAACGUCAAUGAAAACGUGUUAGUAGCAAGGCAAGGAUCGCUGCAGCAUUUGUCUUCUGAGUUCACUUGUGGUUUGGGCUACUUUACCGACAUUGGGAAUAGCUCGUGUGUUGGAUGUCCCCCCGGGUUUUUCUUGGACACAUCAACCAAACACUGUCGUGAGUGUGAUAUUGGUAGUUAUCAGGACACAGAAGGUCAGGUCAGGUGCCAGUCCUGCCCAUCCGGAUACACAACUAAAAGCAAGAACUCUGACAGUGUAGAUGACUGCUUUCGUGUAAAAGCGGUCGGUGACGAAGGUAAAAGGAUUGCAGAUACCAACAAAAAAUGAGGAGAUUCUGCUCCUGUACGAGGAGUGUUGCCCUCGAGUGCUCAAUUAUAUCCUCGCUGUGCUUUUAGUACAUUUUCAGGCAGUUUCUCACAGAAAUCUAAUAUAUUGUAAGCUAGAGGGAGGUCUGCAAUAGGCCAAGGUCAAUAUAUUAAAAGAGUUCAGUCACGGUAUUUUGAGUUAUUUCGGUCACAUACAAAAUUACCUUUAAAUCCUGAAGGAAACUUGAAA